UAGUUUAAUAAUAAAUAAAUCGAAAAAAGUUCAGAAAAAGGUCCACAAAUGUGCCAUUUGUGGCUAUCAAACGCCACAUUCGUCAAGAUUCUUCAGACACAAGAACAUUCACUUGACACGGGAAGAACGGCAGCUGUUUCCUUGUACACAGUGUGACAACAAAUAUAGCACAACACAAAGUUUAAAAUACCACCUUAGGAAUAAGCAUAUUGAUUCCAGGGCGAAAGAAUUGAAUAAAUCACAAAAAAAGAUCUACAAAUGUUCUACAUGCAGCUACCAAGCACGAGAUAUGUCAGUCCUUAGGCGACAUAAGGCAGUUCACUUGGCACCGGAAGAACGACAGUGGUUUGCUUGUACGCAUUGUGAGAAAAAAUACAUAUUAAAAAUCAACUUAGAACAUCACAUUGAGGAUAAUCAUAAUGAUUCCAGGUCAGAGGAUGCCCUGCAAAAUUUCCAUAAAUGUUCCAUUUGUGGCUACCAAACACGACUCAUGUCCAGCUUUGAACGGCACCAGAAAACUCACUUGGCACGGGAAGAACGAGAAAUGUUUCCGUGUUCCUAUUGUGACAAGAAAUAUGUAUCAAAAGGCAGCUUAGAAAGCCACCUUGGGAAUAAUCAUAUUGAUUCCAGAAAAUAUGGGGAGCGUUCUAAAAGACACGUCUACUCGCUCAGAUACAUCGACGCGAAUUCUAAUUACGCCUUGGAGUGAUAAAUAAUCUUGUACAUUAUUAAUAAUGUCUUGUACUGAUUUUUGAAAUAAAUUCAAACUUGUUUGAAAUGUUUCUUGAUU